AUUAUGAUUAUCAUUAUGAUUUCCGGUGGAAAUGAUAAUAUUUAGCACAAAAAUUAGUUCUAGAUUGUAGUCUAGAUUCUGUUUAACGUAGAAAAAAAUGAUUUAAAAAAUAAAUAAACUAUAGAUCUAGAUCUAUAAAAGCCUAGGUUUAAGCUUAAGUCAGUAGAUCUCUAACAGUAACAGGGGUCACUGACAUUUUAGAUUUAAUCUCUAACAGGAAUCGUCAAUCUAUUUUGACUACAUUUAAAUUUAAUCAUUUAAUAGACUACACAAAUUAAAUAAAUUUGUCAUAGAUCUAUAACUAGAAAUAGUAGAAUAAAACAUUUGAUAUUUUACCAUAAUUAAUUCUAGGUCUAUCUUAGUAUCUAACAUAGAUCUAUAAACAUAAAAAAAUAAAAUCAAUAAUCCUUACUUGAUUAAAUCUGCAUAAUGAGUAAAAAGGCGAAGAAAGGAAAGGAUGUAACAACAGUUAAGAAGAAAAAUAAAGUUUUGAAAUCAGAAAAGAGGGCGAGGCCUGUUUACUAUAAUAUAAAUAAAACACUGGAUGAAAACACCAAAGAGUUUUAUUUGUGGCAGAUAAAGACACUUGAAAAUCGAAUUGAAAGCUAUCAGAAGCUACUUGAUGAUAAUGCUGUCAAAGAAUCUUUAAACCAUGACAAGAUCCACCAAAGUAUUGCGAAUAAAAAUGAUCUGAUUACAUUCUUUAAAGAAGAGUUGCAAAGAAGAGUCGAGGCCUAUAAUGACCUACAAGACAAAUAUAGCACAUGUCAGCAGUUACUGGAUACAGAGCAACAUUUGAACCGGGAGAGGAUUAGUCAAAUGAGGAGGGAAGCAACUGAUAAUCAAGCCCAACUUUUAGGAGAGAAUAUGAAGCUAAUCUCCAAACUGGCCAGCGUAGAAGAUUUUCUUGCACAAAAACACUUUCUAGAAAAAAGGUUGGCUGAGGCCGAGUCUGAGCUAUCACAUAUAAGGAACAAAUAUACAGAAGAUAUUGUCAAUCUUGAAAAAGACUAUGUUAUCUAUAAGCAAAGGUUGAAGACAGAAUCGAUUGAUAGGCUGAAAAAUGUUGCUUUAGAGUUCCACAAAGCCACUCAGAAAAGUAUGCCGGCCACAUUUGAAAGAACUUUAAAAGAAAACAUGGAGAUCAAUUCCAAGCUGUUCAAAAUCUCGGACAAAAAUGUGUCUCUGAUGGAGGAGAACGACAGCUUAAAAGAACAACUGACGAAAGCCACAAACUCAAUGAAUAUUUCUGAGGCAGAUAGGGGCUUAUUGUUCAAGAGAUUAGACAACUGUUUAGGUGUCUUGCGUGAUACUAAAACUGUAUGUUCAGAUCUGCAAAAUACAGUGGUCAAACAGGAAGAAGACAUUGAGGAUUACCACCAAAUCAAGGCAGAAAAUGUGAUACUGGAGAGUGAAAUAGCCAAACUAAAAUCAAAGCUUGAAGAACUGUUGCAAGUUAACAAGCAGCUUAGGAAAGAUUCUCUGAGUAAAGGCGUUAUCCGUGUUUUGGACCAUGAAAAAAGACAGAAGCUUGAAAGAAUGUUUUCAAAUGCUGUAUUUGCCAUCAGAAAAGAAACAGCUAGAUUAAUUCCAGAGAGGCACUCUUUAACAAAAGAGGUUAAAUUGCAUCAGAAGGUGUCAUCAUUCACAAAGUCAAGCUCAGAAAAAUGUCUGGAGAUACAAGACACGGCUGUUACAGUCUCUUCAUCCGGUUCCAUUGCCGAGGCCACCAUUAAGCUUCAUCCCAAUAGGUUGACAAAGCCAGCAUCCAUAGACUCUUCAGUACCAGAAACAUUUUUAUCAUCCAUUGACGAAACAGAGCCAUUAAUAAGCAUGUCCCAGAAUGUUGUCAAGCGCCCAAGGCUAAAGUCCCGGGUUGUCUUUAACUUAGAUAAAACUGAACCAAGAAAGUCAAGCCACAAGCCUGAAGUACACACUGGGGGGGCAGACCAGAACAAACGCUCCAGCAUUCUUCAGUCACCAAGCCUUUCUUCCUUAGUUUCCAUUGAGAUGAAAAAGUCAAAGAGGGAAGAAAAAAUACCUUCUGUAACAAGUUCAAGAGUAUCUUCUGCGACAAGUACAAGAAUUCCUUCUGUGUCAAGUACUUAUUCUCAACCUCUUAGUUUCUCAAAGAGGAGGCUUAGCUCUCUGUACAAGUACCAUCAAAAAGAGCUUGAUCUCUUUGAUCCUUUUACUGAAGAAAACCCCCAUCAGGCAGAAAAAGUCAUAGUAUGCAAGUGUGAUUUGCCGGAAGACUUAGACAGAAUAAAAUCGAAUCUUUUGGAAAGUCUGUCGAUUCUGGUUCAUGCUGCCACCAGCCUCGGGAUUGAGUUGAGCUCAUAUUCUGAUGAAACAGAGAAAGAGCCGCACACCCUGACAUUUGUACCUGAUUUAGAACAACAAAGCUUUGUUUUUAGGUUUUCCAGUCAUGAUUCGUCAACAACAUCCAAGAAACGAAGCUUAAAAUUAUCCGAUAUGGAUUAUCAAACUGCCGCCAAUUUAUCUAGACUUCGAGAUGCUUUGAGUAGUCGGUUAAAACAUCACAGUUUAACAUCACAAGAAUCACAUGACAUCUCCAGUGUGAAGCAGAGUUCAAUGUCUGGUCUGAAAGAUGCUCAACUGUACACAAAAGAAGACAUGAUGGAGUACCUCCUCGUUUUGUUGGACUCUGCCGCUCAUCUUGGUGUGGGAGUUCAGCAGAAGCAGCUGGAAGUGUUGUGGCAGCACGCUACUGGAGAAUCGUCUGCUCCUGAGAUACAAUAUGUGAACAGGCCAUCCAGAGCCCAUUACAAACCAGGAGAUCUAGGCUUGAUUCCAAAACCAGUUCUAAACAGAAACAUUCCAAGGAAACAAAAGGUGGAUAACACGUACAUGCUCAGAUGUAGUAAUAAAACUGUUCAGACUGCGACUGUAGCAGAGACUUUGGCAACAUCAAAGUUACAUGAGUUUAAAAGUGAUGCCAAAUACAUGGGUGACCAAGGUGUUUGCAUGGUAACUCAGCAGCCUGUUAAGUCCAUCCACUUUGACAAAGAGGACAUAUCGCACCUUGUUGUAGAAUCUGAAUCUGAAACAAUUAAUGAUCCCAUGGAGAAUCAGCUCUCCUGCUCAAAGAUUAACACAUCAGUGUCGACUCUAUCAUCAUAAUAACACAUCAGUGUCGACUCUAUCAUCAUAAUAACACAUCAGUGUCAACUCCAUCAUUAGAGUUUAAAACAAAUGAAAAAAAAUCAUAUAAUUUAGAUCAGUGUUUCCCAAAAUGUUUCCUUAUCUGAACACUUCGCAUAUUCUGGGUAUUUAGUGGAACACUUAGCUUAUUUUUUAAUUAUUCCAAAAGUUUGUGGAACACCUAAUAUGGCCUCGCGGAACAAUAUGGCAUUACACAGUUUAGAGAAACUUUUAGUUGACAUGAAAAUAUGGAUUAGCUUCAGUUAGGUACAAUUUUUCUUUUAGUUGAAUAAAGUGGAUAUAAACUAAUUUGAAUAUGUAUGUAAUUGAAUUGAGCUGAUUUCUGAUAUACAAACUAUUCAGCUAAUACAUUGAGAAAAGUUAUUCAUUGCAAAAGUCAAGAUAGGUUAGAGUAAUUUUCUUGCUCCUUCAUAGAAUUCUCUGUACCAUCUAGCUUUAUACUAUCUGUACAAAGACACUAUCUACGGGGUAAAAAAUGAUUGCAAUCUCUUCGAUUCAUUUCUGUUUAUAUUUUGUUGUUUUUUAUUUUUGAGGUACUUAUAUCUUCUAUUUUGUAUAGUUUUAUUACAUUGGAUUAAUGUGCAUGGCAAAAUUUUAAUACAUUUACAAUUCAAAAAUUAAAGAAGCAUUUUUGUGUUGUUUAAUUGGUUA